UUCAUCUGGUUUUGGCAUUUCAUACCUCGGGAUAUUCGUACACUGCACAUUUGUCCACUCUUUUCUCCUAUACUUUACUGCUACACCAGUCCGCCUGCUAUACCUUCUCUAGCUCCUUUCAACUGACGUCUUAUCCAGAGGCUCGUACCUGUCCGGGAAACAUCGACCAACGCUCCGGCCAUCCCGGUGAUUGCGCGUCGCUGUUUAGCGCUUGAUCCGUCCCUUAAUUGCCAUUCGAGGAGAUAUCUUACACCAUCAAGUUUCGCCGACAAGUCGAGAACAUAACGCCAAUUCCGUUCCCGCCAAACCCCCCUCGUAUAAUUACAAGCCGACGAGAACUACGAACAGAACUGAACCCAACCCACCACCGGCAUGGCGCCCCCGCUGGAGAUCUCCAUCCCCACCACCUCCCUACACACCCCCUUCGCAGACUCGCCCUCCAAAAAACCCUACACCCUCUACAACAUCACGAUCCGCCUGCCGCUGAAAUCCUUCGUCGUGCAAAAGCGCUACUCGGACUUCGCCGCCCUCCACCAAUCCCUCACCUCCCAGGUCGGCUGCCCACCGCCCGCCCCGCUCCCCGCAAAGUCCUGGUUCCGCUCCACCGUCAACUCGCCCGAGCUCACGGAGCAGCGCCGGCAGGGGCUCGAGAGGUAUCUCCGCGCCAUCGCCGAGCCGCCCGACCGCCGCUGGCGCGACACGAGUGUCUGGAGGGCGUUUCUGAACCUACCUUCCGCUAAUGGAGCGUCGGUGUCGGGGUUGAGUGCGGAGGGGAGGGUACCCGCCAUUGGUUUGAGGGAGGCGAAUCUCGCGGCGGCGAGCGACCCGGCGACAUGGCUUGAUCUAGUCAAGGAGAUGAAGAGGGAGUUAGGAGUGGCGAGGGCGGCGCUGGAUAGGCGGGAGAGAGUUGGUGAGAUGGGGGAGCAGCUUGAAGCUGAGGCGCAGGCGAGGAAGGCGCUGAUCAAGGCGGGGAGUUUGAUGGGCCCCUUGGAGGAGGGGCUGAGUAUGAUGAAGGAGGCUGGGAGGCUGGGGGCGGGAGAGUAUAACCGGCGCAGGGACGCGCUGGAGGCAGCCAAGAGGGAUAGGAGUCUAUCGGAACAACUAGCUGCGGAACUGGCGAGGAGCGGAAGGGGCGGGCGGGAGCAGGGUGUUGCGAGCGAGAGUGGAAGGGCCAAGUUGAUACCGCAAACUCCGGUGGGGAGGCGGCUCGGGAAAGUCCUGCAGGAGACGGACGAGACAAGGGAGCGGGAGAAUGUGGGAGUGUUGCAGCUGAAUGAGGACAAGAUCAAGGAGCAGGAUGAACGGGUGAAGCAGCUGGGAGCCGUUGUCCACAGCCUCCACCGGACGGGGGACAUGAUCCACAACGAGCUCGUCUAUCAGGUCGAGAUGCUGGACGAGACGAAUGCACUGGCGGAUCGCGUCCAGCGGAAGGUCGAUGUCGGCAAUAGGCGGACCAAGAAACUGUGACGGGAACCGCCGCCUCCCAAUGAGAUUGACAGGGUUACGGACGCUUCGUCGGUGACUUCUGGCGGCAGUGACAUGUCCGAGGUAGCUGCUAUCGCGACGCCGCAGGAGAAGACGGAGGAGCAACAUGUGGGAGGCGGCUCGACCAACGCCGCGCUGUCGUUGAUGGUGAAAUUCGUUUCGGCCGGCGUUCAAAGUGCUGUGAUGUUGGAAUGGGUUCUGGUCAGGGUAUCUGAGGCACUGGCUUGAGCUGUCGAGCUGGGAAUGCUCAUGGCUCAGCCCGCUCGUUGAGGGUUGCUCUCUGGGAUCAUUGGGGUUACAAGAAGGCACGGCAAUGGAGCGGUAGAUCAUAUCCAGCAUGUGUUUGCAACAGGUUUACUGGCACAGUGGUUAUUCGAUUUCUAUCAUUAUCUUGAAUGUAUACAUCUAGCGUCGCCAGAGAUUCCUGCUCCCUAGGCCCCCUUCGCGGUGUUACUACUCAGUACC